AUGUUGAGACUACCACCUACUAAUUCUCAAGAUAAAGUUCGUUUAACUCGUUUACAUGCUUAUUAUUGUAGCAAUAGUUGCUCUUACGACCGAACAAUAAAAUACAUUGAGAAACAUAUUGAGUUACUGUCGACGAAGGAUGCCGCAACAACAGCAGAAACGGUUGCCAAUUUACAUAAAAAAAUUGCUUUAAUUUAUUUUAAUGAAAAAGAAAAUUAUCAUUUAGCAUUAAAAUAUUAUCAGAAAUCAUUAGAAUUGCAUCAAUUAAAUUAUAUAAGUUAUAAUGGAGAAAAAUCGGCAAGUUUAAAUCACUCAAUUGGCGCAUGUUAUAGUCGUUUAUGUGACUAUAAAACAUCAUUAGUCUAUUAUGAGCAAGCACUUCUUCUAUAUGAACAAUAUUCACCUACAAUAUUUGAUCGUCAUUCAAUGUUCGAAUGUUUAGCUUUCUUGUAUUAUCGGAAUGAUCAAUUUGAAACAUCAAUUGAAUAUUAUCUAAAAUAUUUUAAAUUAUUUGACGGUCAACAAUCACUACCACAAGAUAUCAUCUAUCAUUAUCGAGCUAUCGGUGAUUGUUAUGGUAAUAUAAAAGAUUACACAAAAGCUGUAGAAUAUUAUAGAAAAGCUUUAGACACGAAAAAAAAUGAUGCCGCCACAUUGAAUAAAAUCGGUUUAACAUAUUGUAAGCAAUUAGAAUAUCUGUUAGCUAUAAACUAUUUCCAAAUGGCAUUAGAAACGGCCCAAGAUUUCCCUAGUUUAGCUAUUAUCUGCAGCAAUUUAGGUAAUUGUUAUGGGGAAGCAAAACUAUUUGAUUUAGCGAUUGAUUAUUACAUGAAAUCAAUUCAUUUCCACCAAAAAGAAAAAAAUAAUGAAAAACAGAUUAGUAUUGUCUAUAAGUCUAUUGGUUACUGUUACGAUGGAAAAAAUAUGUUUCCGGAAGCUAUUACCGCCUAUUUGAAAUGUUUAGAAUAUAAAUACGAAAAAACAUCAUCGAUAUUUGAUAAAAUUGGAUUUUCAUAUUGGAACAACAAUGAUUAUGAUCAGGCUUGUGUAUAUUGGUUAAAAACAUUAAAAAUUGAAGAAGAAGAAAAACAACAACAAAAUAAAGGUAUCGUUUGA